UUAACUUAAGAAAGUAAAAAUUUAAUUCGUUUUUCGUAUAGUAUGUAGUGAUACAAUCAUGUAACAAAACAAAAUCCACUGGGUUUUUGUAUCUUUAAUGUCUUUGUCACUAUUUUCCGAAGACUGCUUAAAAAGAGAUGCCUGAGAAAAGCCGCAUUCUCCACGUGGAUGCGGGAAACACGUGAUCUUUAUUUUUUCCCCUUUUCAAAUCGAGGUAACGGUCGCAACUCGCCAUCUGUCGCUGUUCAGUCAUUCAUUCAGUGCGGCUGUGGCAGAAGUGUGUUACAAGUCAUACCCACGUGCAUUCUAGUAUAUAUCGAUGUCGACGAACAUCCAAGUGAUUUUGCCAGUGUUGGCAUCAAUUACAGCAAUCGUAGUAAUAGGGUUAGUUUACAAGUUUUUGCGUCCGUAUAAAGAUGCCAAGAAAAAAGUAUUCGUCGAUCCCAAAGAAAGAAUACCACUGCCACUCAUAGAAAAACAAAUCAUAAAUCAUGACACAAGACUGUUCCGAUUCGCAUUGCCAAGUCAAGAUCACGUAGCUGGUUUGCCGAAUGGCCAACAUGUGCACUUACACGCGGACAUCGAUGGAAAUCACGUUGUGAGGAAAUACACUCCAGUUUCUAGUGACGACGAUUGCGGAAUUGUAGAUCUUGUUGUAAAGGUUUAUUUCAAAAAUGUCCACCCAAAUUUUCCAGCAGGGGGCAAAAUGUCGCAGUAUUUGGAAAAUAUGAAAAUCGGAGAUACGAUAGACUUUCGUGGACCUGCCGGUAGACUUAAGUAUGAAAAUCAUGGUCGAUUCUUAAUUAAGCCAAAGAGAACUGAUCCCUACGAAGAAUAUCAUUUUAACAAAGUUGUGAUGAUCGCCGGAGGUUCGGGAAUAGCACCAAUGCUACAACUGAUUCGCUCAAUAGUAAAAGUACCAACCGAUAAAACUAAAGUAUCUUUGCUGUUCGCUAAUCAGUCGGAGCACGAUAUUUUAUUAAGAGAAGAAUUGGAAGAGGUAGCCAAAAAUCAUCCAGAUCGUUUCAAACUUUGGUACACCGUUGACAGAAGCAGCGACAAAUGGAAAUACAGUACCGGUUACAUUAAUGCCGAGAUGAUUUUCGAAUAUAUGUAUCCUCCGUCACCGGAUACAAUUGUCCUUGUGUGCGGACCGCCGCCGAUGAUUGAUUAUGCUUGCACGCCGAAUCUGGAUAAACUGGGAUACGAUCCUAAGCUUCGGUUUAUUUAUUAAGGUUGUGAGAGCUGACAAUUGAUGAUGUACGAAUAGACUGUUUUGUUUUAGAUAAAUGCUGAAUUUGCCUUCGAUUAAAUUUAAC